AGCUCGAAGGUGAUUUCAAUCAAAUCCAGUGAAUCGAAUGUGAAUCACUUGUUUCUAUAAUAAUUCACGAUUUAUAAACAAUGGAUGUCGAUAGAUUAACCAGGAAGAAGAAACGGGUCAAACGCGAUGGCAACCUUCAGCAAUUGGCCGAAGUUACCAAAGAACUUGGGGAUGUAUAUUUUGAGACUGGAAGGUUUGAGGAUGCUCUACAAGAAUACAAGGAACAAUUGGAAGUCUGUAAUAUUUUAGAGGAUAAAUUGAACAUUGCUGUAGCUCAUAGAAUGAUUGGAGAGAUAUACGCUAAUUUAGGCACCUACGAGGAAGCAUUAAAGCAUCAGAACUUAUACUUGGAAGGAGCCAAGGAGAUAAAGAAUUUAUUAGAAGAGCAACGUGCUUAUGCAACAUUAGGUAGAACAUAUUUUUGUUGGGCUGAAAGUUUGCCUGAGGUUGAGAAUAAAUCUGAUGCUCUAAAAAGUUCAAAAAAAGCAUACGUGAAGAGCAUACGUCUUUGCAAUGAAUUGGAAGAUACAAAUAUUGAGUUGAAGGAAUUGAUCACUAUGAGAGCUAGGUUGCUUUUAAAUUUGGGUUUGGUAUUAGAAGCUCAGAAAGAUCAUCAAGAGGCUGUUGAUUUAAUGGAAAAGGCUGCGGCGUUAUGUCAGACUCACAAUUUAAAAGAAGAUUAUCAUAGAACACAAAUUGCUUUAGGAGGAAUUUAUGAGCGGCAGUGCAAUUACGAAUUAGCGCUGAAACAUUUUGAAAAUGCCACCGAGGUUGAUAAUACGUCUCUAAAAGCGGAAGCACGGUUAUUUCAAGCGGAAUUACUUUUGAAAAUGGAAAGAUGGCAUGAAUCACGGAAGAUAUUAGUUUCUCUCUACGUUUCAAGCAACUUGCCAGAAAAUCUGAAGCAACAAGUUGAAAAAUGCCUUAGAAUAGUUGCAGCACUGCACACUACCGAGGAAGCUUUAAACGCGGAAAAAAGUACAAGUGGUAAGUUGAAACUUUACGAAACGUUAGGAGACGCAUCGGUUGCUGCGCAAUGUUUUGAAAAAGCUAUCGAUUAUUACAAGAAGAUGCUCGAGUGCGCCGAAGAAAUGAAAAGCGAUCGAAUAGGAGCAGCUUUGUUGAGUCUGGCGCAAACUUUGAAAGACGUUGGACGAUACGAUGAAGCGUUAGAAUUUGCUCAAAGAGAAUUGAUAUCGUGCACGGAUCCUCGUGAAAUAUGUAGAUCUGCUUUAUUUUUAGCGGAUUUAUUGAUAGCCAAUAAGGCAGCCGAUGAAAAAAUCGAGGAGACAUAUAAUUUAGCCCUGAACAAUGCGAAGGAUAGUUCAAAUAUUUCUUUAGAAGCGUCCGUCCUGAAGGAACGUUUAAAUUUCUUAAAAUCUUCCGGUAAAACUGAAGGAAUAGAAACGCUCGUAGAAAGAUUGAAAGAGCUAGAAAAAUAUUCUACUGAUACAGAUAGCGAAAGCGAAUCAGAAGAGCAGAUCGGCGCAGAUAUUCGCUUGGAAGAUUUGUCUGACGUAGAAGCGGAAUUGCAAGCUAAGGGGAACAGCAGGAUGAGUAGAAAACGGACAAGGAAGAAAUCAAUGGCGAUAAAGAGAAAUGAAAAGGGUGAAACGCAACUUCACGUCGCUUGUAUUAAUGGAAACAUUGAAACUGCAGAAAAAUUGUUGGAGGCUGGUCAUCCAACGAACGCUAGGGAUCAUUUUGGUUGGACACCUCUGCACGAGGCUGCGAAUCAUGGUUACGUGGAGAUUGCAGAGUUAUUAUUGAAGCAUGGCGCUGAUGUAAAUGACCCCGGAAGUCUCAUGUGCCAAGGGGUUACACCUCUCCAUGAUGCAGCAUCUUGUGGUAACAUCAGAAUGAUGCGGCUUCUAAUGCAGUACGGUGCUAAUGUAGAACUUAAAACAAAUGAAAAUGAUACGGUACUAGAUUGUUUAGAACAGUGGAGAAAUCGUGUCGAUUAUUUAUCCUCCGAAGAUCAAGAGGAGUACGAUGAAAUGUAUAAUAUGUUGUCUGCGAUCAUUCCAGCAAGUCAGAGGAAAAAUUUCAAACGAUCGUAUAAAUCACCGCACAAUUCAAAAACUUAUAUCGUCGAUAAGGAUAAUACUGUAGAGAAAAUAUCUGCAGGUGAAGAUUAUAAGAGAACUAUAGCCAGUUUAAAACGUAGGAAUGAUCCAAUUGGGGCACCUCUAUCUCGUAGUAAUUCUAAUGUAAAUCCUCUUUUAAACAGCGAAGAAGUUCUUCUGGACAAUUGGCUGGAAGACGAUAUUAGUGAAAAUAUUAGUAGUAGAAGGUGCUCUAAUGAGCUUUCGAUUAUAAAAAGGAAAUCGAGCAGUGGUGAUAUUGAUUCUGAGAAAAAUUUAAAACGACAAAAAACAAGUAAUGAAAGUUUUGUAGCAAAAGAGAAGGAAUUUGAUUUAAUAGAAGAAGAUAGCAACGAAAGUUGCGACACCGUUGUAACAUGUUCUUCUAGUGCAUCAAAACCUCGGAGAAAAAAGCAACAAUUGUCUUUGCUGUCAAUUGGAUUUUCUAAAAAUUCUGAUUCUCGAACUCCUUCCCCUGUAAAUCCAUCUCCUACAGAAUUUGAAUUUCGAGAAACGGAUGCUGCUUCGAGAAAAAUAAAAUCAAUUAUUUUAAAUGUUUCGGUGGAAGGGAAAGUAUUCAAAACUCAGGUAGAGUUUUCGAAUACGGCAAAGCCAUUAAUCCAAGAUAUUUUAACUGAUAUUGAAACAAAAUUUUAUAACGAUAGUGGAUGUAAAGGCAAGUUUGAAUUAAAAACUGUGAGCGGUAUUGCAAUAAAUAACAAUAACUUACUUACAAUUUUAAACGAAGGAGAUGUAAUUAAAAAUUUGCAAUGCGAAAUAAUUGAAUUAGAAACGCCUUCUAUCGUCGAACGAUAUGGAAUAAUUUGUAAAAAUUACAGUAUAGAUGUUCGUGAAUCCGUGUCAAAAUGCUUGAAAUCAUGUGAGAACACAUUUAUUUUACGCUUGAAACAAGAAGAUAUCAGUAAAAAUGAAUUUAUAUCUCUAUUGAAGACUUUAGAAUAUCAAAAAAAUGUUCAAAUAUUAGAUUUAUCUGGUGGAGAAUUAUAUGAAUUAGGAAAAGUUUUAAAUGAUUGCAUUUUGAAGUUAUCGACUUUACAAGAAUUGUGCCUGCAAGGAUGCGAUGUAGAUUCAAAUUGUUUAAACAAAUUAGACAAGCUACCUGUACAGCUGAAGCAUUUAGAUCUGAGUUAUAAUCCACUUGGGCCAGCAAGUCAGGAAACUUUGUCUAAACUUCUUAGACCUUUGAUGCAGCUUCAGACCUUAAAUUUACGAUAUUGUCAGUUGAAUAAUUUCCAGUUUAUUUUGAACAACUGUAGCCUCGUAAACCUAGAUAUAUCUUGGAACGGUUUCAAUGAAAACGGACUGGGUACUUCUUUACAGAGACAGUUACUUAAUUUAAAUUUAUCAAAUACUGCAUCUUCAAGUGAAUUCAAUUUAGUCAAAAAUAUUUUUACUAGCGCGAGUUAUUCGUUUUUAAAUUUAGAAUGUUUGGAACUUGCUGCCUGUGAUUUAAUGGAUACCGACGUAAGAAAUAUAUUAUCGCAAGUAUCAAAUCUUUCUAAGCUGGUACUUAGAGGAAACAAAAAUGUAGGAGUAGAAUCUUUGCAUUUAUUAUUAAAUCAUACGCCAACGUUAAGAUAUAUAGAUGUUAGUGGUUGUAAAAGUAUUACUGAAUAUCCUGAUGUUGAAAUAUUUAUUGAAAAUCCUGAAAUUUGUACAUUAAUCGUGAAUAUGUAUCCCGAAGUCUGUGAUUGUUGGAUUUGUCUAUGGCGAGGAAAUGGUGUUGUGAAAAGAUUGCCGCAUAAUCUUGUUAUGUUUAAACCUAUUAGUGGGAUUGGAGGUUGAGAUUUAACUGUACAGUAAUUGUACAUAUUGUCACAUGUGUAUAAAGUUAUAAGUUGUAAUUUAUACAGUAA